AUGCUCAUCGUACCGAAAGACGCCUCCGACACUACUAUUUCGAUAGCGUACAACCUGAAAAUCAGCAGAUGGCAGAAUGAGAACGUUGCAAAAAACAGUGUAAGUGAAGGGAUUCCGGUAGUGGCGGGUUAUAUCACGCUCAAAGCAAUGGCUCGGAAGCAGAAAAUUUGCAUUCACGAUUACAAUACCAUGUAUGCUCAGCCAGGUCUCUAUGAGUACAUCGUCCACGAACUGCUAGCAUUCGAGUCUCCGCGAACCCUGAUGCAAUUUCUGAACCAGCAUCUCGCAUCUUCUGCUGUUUCCGAAAAACUCGUCGGUCCUUCAGACGUUUUGGACGUAGCAGCCGGCAACGAUAUCGUCAGCGCGGAGCUCCGGAAGCAGCUCCCAGGCAAGCCUGGAAUCCGAAGUCUCAUCGAUACCAAUCUUCUAGAAUGA